GAGACGCCGCGGCGGAACCGAGGCGGAGCCGCCGUCCCCCCAGUCCCCAGCGGUCCCGCCCAGCGCCGGGCUCGGUGGCACAACUUAAACAAAGGUAUUUAUGGAAUUCCAAUGAAUAGUGAUGGAGAUGCAGUUCAAAUAACUAAGGUCAGCAUGGGUUCCUGGUUCGUUCUAGUUCUGCUUGGCAGUGGUCUGAUUCAUGUCAGUGCCCACAAUGCUACCACAGUUUCACCUUCCAUAGGAAUUACGAGAUCAAUUCAAUCAUCAACAGCAGAAUCAGUUAAAGAAGAGAACAAAACUUCAAAUCCAACAUCUUCAGUAACUUCUUUUUCUGUGGCACCAACAUUCAGCUUGAAUCUAACUCUGGGACCCGUCUAUGUAACCACCGUCAAUUCUUCAGAGUCAGACAAUGGGACCACCAGAACAGCAAGCACCAGUUCUGUAGGCACGACCAGUUCGCCAAAUGGAACGUUGCUUCCAGACACCCCGUUUGCAGAUGCCCGCACCGAGCCCUGGGAGGCGAAUUCCAGCACCGCAGCAACCACUGCCGAGACCUUCCCUCCUUCAGGUAAUUCCGACUCGAACGACAGAAGAGAUGAAACACCAAUUAUUGCCGUAAUGGUGGCCCUAUCCUCUCUACUAGUGAUCGUGUUUAUUAUCAUAGUCCUGUACAUGUUAAGGUUUAAGAAAUACAAGCAAGCUGGGAGCCAUUCCAAUUCUUUCCGCUUAUCGAACGGCCGCACUGAGGAUGUAGAGCCCCAGAGUGUGCCACUUCUGGCCCGAUCCCCAAGCACCAACAGGAAGUACCCACCCCUGCCCGUGGACAAGCUGGAAGAGGAGAUCAACCGGAGAAUGGCUGACGACAAUAAGCUCUUCAGAGAGGAAUUCAAUGCUCUCCCUGCUUGUCCUAUCCAGGCCACCUGUGAGGCUGCUUCCAAGGAAGAAAACAAGGAAAAAAACCGAUACGUAAACAUCUUGCCUUAUGACCACUCUAGAGUCCAUCUGACACCAGUGGAAGGGGUUCCGGACUCCGAUUACAUCAACGCUUCAUUCAUCAACGGCUACCAAGAAAAGAACAAAUUCAUAGCUGCACAAGGACCAAAAGAAGAAACGGUGAAUGAUUUCUGGAGGAUGAUCUGGGAACAAAACACAGCUACCAUUGUCAUGGUGACCAACCUGAAGGAGAGGAAAGAGUGUAAGUGUGCCCAGUACUGGCCAGACCAAGGCUGCUGGACCUAUGGGAAUAUCCGUGUGUCCGUAGAGGAUGUGACUGUUCUAGUGGACUACACAGUACGGAAGUUCUGUAUCCAGCAGGUUGGCGAUGUGACCAACAGGAAACCCCAGCGCCUCAUCACUCAGUUCCACUUCACCAGCUGGCCAGACUUUGGGGUGCCUUUCACCCCAAUCGGCAUGCUCAAGUUCCUCAAGAAGGUGAAGGCCUGUAACCCUCAGUAUGCAGGGGCCAUCGUGGUCCACUGCAGCGCGGGUGUAGGGCGCACAGGGACCUUCGUCGUCAUUGAUGCCAUGCUGGACAUGAUGCACACAGAGCGGAAGGUGGACGUGUAUGGCUUUGUGAGCCGGAUCCGGGCCCAGCGCUGCCAGAUGGUGCAAACAGAUAUGCAGUAUGUCUUCAUAUACCAAGCCCUUCUGGAGCAUUAUCUGUAUGGAGAUACAGAACUGGAAGUGACCUCACUAGACACCCACCUGCAGAAGAUUUACAACAAAAUCCCAGGGACCAGCAACAAUGGGCUAGAGGAGGAGUUUAAGAAGUUAACAUCAAUCAAAAUCCAGAAUGAUAAGAUGCGAACCGGAAACCUCCCAGCCAACAUGAAGAAGAACCGAGUGUUACAGAUCAUUCCAUAUGAGUUCAAUCGAGUGAUCAUUCCAGUGAAGCGGGGCGAAGAGAACACAGACUAUGUGAACGCGUCCUUCAUCGAUGGCUACCGGCAGAAGGACUCCUACAUUGCUAGCCAGGGCCCUCUUCUCCACACCAUUGAAGACUUCUGGCGAAUGAUCUGGGAGUGGAAAUCCUGCUCUAUCGUGAUGCUGACAGAACUGGAGGAAAGAGGCCAGGAAAAGUGUGCCCAGUAUUGGCCGUCUGAUGGGCUGGUGUCCUAUGGAGACAUCACAGUGGAGCUGAAGAAGGAGGAGGAAUGUGAGAGCUACACCGUCCGAGACCUGCUGGUCACCAACACCAGGGAAAACAAGAGCCGGCAGAUCCGGCAGUUCCACUUCCAUGGCUGGCCGGAAGUGGGGAUUCCCAGCGACGGGAAGGGCAUGAUCAGCAUCAUUGCAGCUGUGCAGAAGCAGCAGCAGCAGUCGGGAAACCACCCCAUCACUGUGCACUGCAGCGCCGGGGCAGGACGGACAGGCACCUUCUGCGCCCUGAGCACGGUCCUGGAGCGUGUGAAAGCAGAGGGGAUUCUGGAUGUUUUCCAGACCGUCAAGAGCCUAAGGCUGCAGCGGCCACACAUGGUCCAGACACUGGAACAGUAUGAGUUCUGCUACAAGGUGGUGCAGGAGUACAUCGACGCAUUCUCAGAUUAUGCCAACUUCAAGUAACAGGCGAUGAGGUCUGAGGACAGGAGAAUUGCCUUUAAUAUUUUGUAAUAUUCUGUUUUGUUAAUAUACCCAAAAUUGUGUAUAUAUCUUAUAACGGUUUUAGAAAUUGGUACAUAGGCUUCUAUUACCUGUUAGGUGGAGAUUUUAUAUGUAAAUGUGUUAGCACUGAUAGUCCUUUUUCCAAUGUUUUAUUGGGGAAUUAAAUAGUGUGAUGUUUGGAUU